CCAUUACCCGAAGCUCAGCCUGAAGAUUCAAAAAUAUUUUUAAUCACAGUCUCAGGGGCCCUUUUUUUUCUUUUGAAGUGGGGAAAUGGUGAAACCGAACUGCACAGCAUCUUCAACAUCACCUACAGAACAUGUCUCGGACAGUACAAGUAGUAGUUCCAAGUACAAGGGUGUACGAAAGAGGAAAUGGGGCAAAUGGGUGUCCGAAAUUCGGCUUCCCAACAGCCGUGAGCGUAUUUGGUUAGGGUCUUACGACUCGGCGGAGAAAGCAGCCAGGGCGUUCGAUGCGGCUCUUUAUUGUUUACGUGGGCGCGAUGCUAAGUUCAAUUUCCCCGAAAAUCCACCAGAAAUUGUCGGAGGGAGGUCACUUAGCCCGCAAGAAAUUCAAGCGGUGGCGGCUAGGUUUGCUAACGAGGUGGAAGCUGAUGGGACUGCAGGGAAUCAUAACCAUAUUAAUAAUAUUAACAAUAGUAUUAUUACUUCAAACGAAUCACAUUCACGAAACAACAAUGUGGGGACUGAACAGAACACGUCGUCUUCGUCGGUGUCAGUAUCAGGCUGGGGGACUCCAGCAAUACAUGUGGAGAGUACUGAAAUGAUGGAUUAUUCGUCAUUUUUUAGCAUGUUGGACACCGAUCAUGGGAUGUCCGAUUAUGGCUUUUAUUCAGGGCUCUUGCCUGGCGAUCAACUCUAUCCUCCACCACUACCGUCUCCGCCUGUUGAUGAUAACGUGGAUGAUCAGAACGGUGACGCAGGUUUUUCACAGUCAUCGUUUCUUUGGAACUUCUAAGCCCAAUUGGCAAGACUUAAAAGUAAUAGUCUUCUUUUUCUUUCUUUCUUUUUUUUUUAAUCUUUUUAGUCAUUCUUUUCUCGGAUAAAUAGGUGUAGUGUGGGAUAAUCAGGAGUUUGUCGAAUUUUAGCUGCCAGGCUCGCUGAUGUUUUUUCCCAGCCACGAGGAGAGUUGAAUAUAUAUUGAAUUCAUCAGGGGGGAUGGUCCAGGUUUCGGUUGUGCCGUCUUCCUGUAUAUAGUGUACUCCUAAAUGCCGAGCAAGAGUGUAUAUGAAGUGUAGGAAACCAUUAAUUUUUCUUGGUGGGAUACAAUCUCAACAGUUGAAAUCUAAAUAAUUUCAUAAUUUA